AACUUUCAUAUUCAUUCCAUUCCUCGACCGGAUCGCGGAGUGUUAGGUAAUUUUUUCUUCGCUGGCGCGGGUGCUUAGAAAAGUGAAAGAGUACAGAGAAAAUCUUCCAGCUAAGAAGGCUGAAGAUCCGUUUUCAAAGCGCAAGUGAUUGAUUUUCGUCGGAUAAUUCGAACCUGACAAUAUGGUUCACUACGCCCGGUUGUUAAACGUGCAGGCAAAGCGAGCCGCGCUGUAUGCUGUUGAAUCUCAGCAACGCCAGUUCCACGCUUCGUGCGCUGUCGCCGCUAAAGUUGCACUGUCCAAGUUUGAUCAGGAUGUGUACUUGCCGUACGAGAAGCUACAAAAGAACGUGGAAGUGGUCAAGAAGCGCCUGGGCCGUCCAUUGACCCUCAGUGAGAAGGUUCUGUACGGUCAUUUGGAUGAUCCGGCUAACCAGGACAUCCAACGUGGUGUUUCGUACUUGAGACUGCGACCGGAUCGUGUUGCUAUGCAAGAUGCUACCGCUCAGAUGGCCAUGUUGCAGUUUAUUUCUUCCGGACUGCCGAAGGUUGCCGUGCCAUCGACUAUUCACUGUGACCAUUUGAUUGAGGCUCAGGUCGGGGGCGAAAAGGAUUUGGCCCGUGCUAAGGACUUGAACGCUGAGGUGUAUAAGUUUUUGGCUACUGCUGGUGCUAAGUACGGUGUUGGUUUUUGGAAGCCAGGAUCUGGAAUUAUUCAUCAAAUUAUCCUGGAGAAUUAUGCUUUCCCGGGUCUGCUGAUGAUUGGAACUGACUCCCACACCCCGAACGGUGGUGGUCUCGGUGGUCUCUGCAUUGGUGUCGGUGGAGCUGAUGCCGUUGAUGUGAUGGCUAACAUCCCGUGGGAGCUGAAAUGUCCUAAUGUUAUUGGCGUACAUUUGACUGGAAAGAUUAGCGGAUGGACAUCACCGAAGGAUGUCAUCUUGAAGGUUGCCGACAUCUUAACCGUCAAGGGCGGUACCGGAGCCAUCAUUGAAUAUCAUGGCAAGGGGGUUGAAUCGAUUUCUUGCACCGGAAUGGCUACUAUUUGUAACAUGGGUGCGGAAAUUGGCGCCACGACUUCAGUCUUCCCCUUCAACAAGCGCAUGGUAGAUUAUCUUGGAGCAACCGGACGUGCUUCUAUUGCUAGUGAAGCAAAGAAAUACGAAAAGUCCGUUCUUUCUGCCGAUGCUGGAGCGAAAUACGACGAGCUUAUCGAAAUCAAUCUUGAUACUUUGGAACCACAUGUGAACGGUCCGUUCACUCCGGAUCUGGCUCAUCCUAUUAGCAAACUUGGAGCCAAUUCUAAGAAGAACGGGUAUCCACUGGACAUUCGCGUUGGUCUGAUUGGAUCGUGCACCAACUCUUCCUACGAGGACAUGGGCCGAUGUGCUUCGAUUGCCAAGAAUGCGAUGAAGCACGGUCUCAAGUCGAAGAUCCCCUUCAACGUCACCCCCGGAUCGGAACAGAUUCGAGCCACCAUCGAGCGAGAUGGCAUUGCUAAGGUAUUCAAGGAGUUUGGUGGAACCGUACUAGCUAACGCUUGUGGACCAUGCAUUGGGCAGUGGGAUCGAAAAGAUGUGAAGAAGGGCGAUAAGAAUACUAUUGUGACCUCGUAUAACCGAAACUUCACUGGACGUAACGACGCUAACCCCGCAACGCACUGUUUCGUUACUAGCCCCGAACUCGUGACGGCCCUAUCGAUUGCUGGACGGUUGGACUUUAACCCGUUGACUGACGAACUGACUGGAAAGGAUGGAAAGAAGUUCAAAUUGGAUGCGCCCUUCGGUGAUGAGUUGCCCCAGAAGGGAUUCGAUCCUGGUAUGGAUACCUACGAAGCUCCCCCAUCGGACGGCAAAUCGGUCCGCGUCGACGUUGACCCCAAGAGCCAGCGUUUGCAGCUUCUGGAACCUUUCGAAACAUGGGACGGUAAGGAUUUGACCGAUUUGACCGUGCUGAUCAAGGUCAAGGGCAAGUGUACUACUGAUCAUAUUUCUGCCGCCGGACCAUGGUUGAAGUAUCGUGGCCAUCUAGACAAUAUCUCCAACAACAUGUUCAUUGGUGCCACCAACAUCGAAAAUAACGAAAUGAACAAAAUCAAGAAUCAAGUCAACGGAGAAUGGGCUGGGGUGCCGGACGUUGCCCGCUUCUACAAAGCCAAGGGUAUCCGCUGGGUUGCCAUCGGCGACGAAAACUACGGCGAGGGCUCGUCCCGCGAACAUGCCGCUUUGGAACCCCGUCAUCUCGGUGGCCGUGCCAUCAUUACCAAAUCUUUCGCUCGUAUCCACGAAACCAACCUGAAAAAGCAGGGCAUGCUUCCGCUGACCUUCGCCAAUCCGGCUGAUUACGAUAAGAUCCAACCCCACUCCAAGAUCUCACUGCUCGGAUUGGCUAACCUGGCACCGGGCAAGCAGGUUGACUGUGAAAUUAAAACCGACGGCAAGGUGGAUAAAAUCAAGUUGAACCACUCGUUCAACGAACAACAAAUUGCCUGGUUCAAAGCCGGAAGUGCACUGAACCGCAUGAAGCAGUUGGCUAAAAAUUAAGCAUCGAAUCUGUUUGCCCAAACCGCGCUUGCUUAAAACUCAAACGUUGGUGCGGCGAAACAAAACUGAAUUAUAAGAACGAACGAAUUCUCCUCCUCGGGUGCACAGUAUCAAGUGGGGGAGAUUAUGUCAGUGGUACUAUUCAUACUAGCGAAAACGGGGCUAAUUUGAGAAGAAUUAAGAAAGCAUCUACUUAAACGUAACCCUCCCAUCACUAGAAGUCAAAGUUUUAUACGGUAGAGUGAAUCUUUAUUUGUAAAUAGAUUAUACCUAACUAGCAAAAUCAAGAACCUAAUUCUUAGGUCAACACAAAAGCUACAAUUUAGAUGUUCUAAUAUAACUAUUCAAUGAUAAUGUUUGACCAAAUAUUAAUUAUGUUUUGUUUGUAUUAGCAUCCGAAUCAGUGUCAAUUUAACUCAAAAUUUGUACCUAUUUCAUUGAUUUAAUGGAAGAACAGUUUAUUCUGCGCAUGCGACAAUAAAAUACGUUGAAAAUA